AUGUCCACUAGAAACCCUCGAGGGUCCUUGAUCGAACGCAGGGAACGUACCCCGAGCACAAGUGCAAGUGCAAGUGACUCUAAAUCUGAUUCUUACUCAGAUGAAAACACAAAUAAAGCUCCUCUUGAAUCCCAUGACUCAUGGCUUCCAGACUUCCAAGUAGCUCAAAUGAUGUACCUUGGAUACUUUCUGCUGAGUUUCUUCUUGACUUGGGUAUAUGUUAUACCCUAUAUGGACGGACGGCUCCGCCACGGAAGACAAAUUAGAAGUGCUUAUAAUGUCAAACUCAUCACCCCAAGCAAUGUAUCUACAAUUCGAUUAUUGUAUAAGGAUAUCAUCUGCAAUGCUACCAGAAAGGAAGGAGACAUAUUUCGAGGACGAUUGGAUACAUUUCCAGGCAACUCGCUUUUAACUUUCAACAGGUUCAUUAACGAGAUGCCAGACUACCCGCAAGGGCGACAAUUCCCAAAAUUGUUUGAGGAUGUACAGGCUGACGCUGACAAGAUAUAUCAUGAAUAUAUGGUCUAUUAUGAUCUGAUUCGCCGACACGCGGAGGACGCAAUGAUAUUCACAAAUGCAGUGAUAGAGGAUUUGACCGAACUCAUUUCUGAUGGAUCUCUGUCCAAGCAAGCAAUAAGAUCAAAAUUGACCAGAAAAUUGAUCAUUGAAUAUCUGAAAGGGUUAAGAGAAGGAUACAUGUUGCCCCGAUCAAACUUGUAUCUCGGAAAAUCUGUGGGGUUACUCAAAGUCAUCGAGAUAGGCCAAUCUUUUUUGCCCGAACUUGAAGCGGCCAACGAUGCCAGUCGAGCGCUACGAUUCACUGUAGAGUUUGGAAUUUACAAAGUUUUGACAGACCGAAAUCUAACAAAACCUGACUUUGUACCUCGCUCAGAGAUUCAAAAAAUACUUUCAUUUAUACAGCGCUCAAACGACAAAUCUGAAAAGGGACAUGGUAAUGAUACAAUUGGUUAUAUGACUCAUUGGCUAGACAAUGAAUUUGCGGCCGGUGAAAACGUGCGUGAAGUGGAGAUACCCAACUCGGUUCACCAAUUCCAGCAAACGCUAGUCGACAUUACGGAACAGGUUUCAGAACUCAUCGAUGAUACUUUGGAUGAGAGGAGUGGAAUUCAAGAACUUUCUUCAACGAUAUGUUACAUUGAUGCGAUAGAGAAGGGACUCAAAGAACUGGCCUUUCAUCAUAACUUCGAGUCAAUAUAUCCAGGUCAUCCAAAUCGUCCUAUGGCAAUUUGGGAGGUUCAUAAAUGUAUUUGGAAACGAGAUAUUAGGGGACCUUUGAAAGGAUUGAAUCAUUGUUGUCGGGAUAUCGAUCAUGUGAUCUAA